UCUCCGUCCCACGUAAUUAACCGUCAGGUGCCACAACAUCCGCAUCUGCAUUUGUGUUGGGAAACCCUGCGGUCUUGGCACUUUCGGCUCUCCGGGCUGCGUUGGACUGCUUGUUGACUUGGACCAAGAAGUGGGGAGAAAAGAUGGAGGACGGUUUGAAACCAACCGGCGACACUAAGCUGGACCAGGCUGUCCGACAGUGGCUGCAGCAUGACCGGAACCCCAAAACGGUGUCCCUGGUGCAGGACAUGGUGAAGGAAGGGGCAGUGGAUGCCCUAAAGAAGUGUUUCUCCUCGAGGAUGGAGUUUGGUACAGCAGGACUGAGAGCCGCCAUGGGCCCCGGCAUUUCCUGUAUGAAUGACCUCACCAUCAUCCAGACUACACAGGGUUUCUGUUGUUACCUGGAGCAGAGUUUUAGUAACCUUAAAGAGCGAGGCGUGGUGAUCGGCUACGACGCUCGCUCUCACCCUCCCAGCGGGGGCAGCAGCAAGAGGUUCGCCAGCCUGGCUGCUGCAGUUUUCAUCAGCCGGGGAGUGCCAGUCCACCUCUUCUCUGAGAUCACCCCAACACCAUUUGUGCCUUUCACCGUUUCCCACCUGGGUCUCUGCGCUGGCAUCAUGGUGACUGCUUCACAUAACCCCAAGCAGGACAACGGCUACAAGGUGUAUUGGGAAAAUGGUGCACAAAUCAUUUCUCCUCACGAUGCUGGCAUCUCCAAAGCUAUUGAGGAGAACUUGGAACCCUGGCCAGAGUCCUGGAACACAGAGGAGGCCCUGAAGACCACCUUGCUGAAAGACCCCUACCAGGAUAUUACCACAGAAUACUUUAAAGCUAUCCAGAAACACUGUCACCACAGAGAGAUAAACAAGAACUCGGAGGUGAAAAUAGUGCACACAUCUGUGCACGGCGUCGGUCACAAAUUUGUGCAGUCAGCUUUCAAGGCUUUUGACCUUCACCCUCCGUAUGCUGUGGAAGAACAGAAAGAUCCAGACCCGGAAUUUCCCACCGUCAAAUACCCCAAUCCUGAGGAAGGAAAGGGAGUCCUGACAUUGUCGUUUGCCCUUGCAGAAAAGGAAGGAGCCUCUGUGGUGUUGGCCAAUGACCCCGAUGCUGAUCGGUUAGCUAUAGCUGAGAAGCAAGAAAGUGGACAGUGGCGCGUGUUUAGUGGUAACGAACUGGGAGCCUUGCUCGGCUGGUGGCUCUUCCACUGCUGGAGGGAGCAGAACUCUGACUCUGGUGCAGUGAAAAACCUCUACAUGCUGGCCAGCACUGUGUCCUCAAAAAUACUAAGAGCCAUCGCUCUGAAAGAGGGCUUCCACUUUGAGGAAACCCUGACAGGUUUUAAAUGGAUGGGGAACAGAGCCAAAGACCUCUUGGACCAAGGAAAGAGUGUUUUGUUUGCUUUUGAAGAGGCCAUAGGCUACAUGUGUUGUAACUCUGUAUUGGACAAAGAUGGAGUCAGCGCUGCAGCUAUUGCAGGAGAGAUGAUUUCAUACCUGGCCACCAAAAACAAAAGUCUCUCCCAACAGCUCACCACCAUCUUUGAAGAUUAUGGCUACCACAUCAGCAAGAACUCCUACUUCAUCUGCCACGAACAGGAAGUCAUCCGCAGUCUGUUUGAACGCCUGCGCAACUUCGGCGGCAAGAAGGACACGUACCCGUCGGAAUGCGGGCGCUUCUCCAUCUCUGCUGUUAGAGACCUGACCACCGGCUACGACAGCAACCAGCCCGACAACAAGGCUAUUCUUCCUACGUCCAGAUCCAGCCAGAUGAUCACCUUUACCUUUUCUAACGGCGGUGUCGCUACCAUGAGGACCAGCGGCACAGAACCAAAGAUCAAAUACUACACUGAGCUCUGUGCUGCUCCUGGUAACAGUGAUGUGACGCAUCUAAAGAAGGAACUGGAUGACUUGGUUGACGCCAUCGUUGAGAACUUCUUUGAGCCAAUAAAGAAUAAGCUGCAGCCGAAACCAGAGUAGUUCUAACGGAAAAUGGUGACGAGAGUAGAAAUGUCUCUGACCAGCUUUUAACAUGUCUUAAUUCUUCCUAAAGAGUUCCUUGGUUUUGCUCCAGCUUAAUUGACUUUUCACUAGUUUGCUCCAGGGUGUUUAGAAGCCAUAAUAGUAAAAUUAGCAAAAUUGUUUUUUGUUUUUUUUUCAUUUUGAGAUCAUUUGCAACAUUCAUGCAAAAAUCUGACCCUAGUUAAUUGAAAUCGGAGUAGCUGUGGUUUGUUUUAAAUAAAACUUCUAGCUAAACAAUUCUAUAGAGAUCAUUUAUCCACUAUAUAAAUAAUGAUUUUACUAUUUUAUUCUAAAAUACAUAGUCACCGCUCCGCUCGCCCUGCAGAUGUUUCCAGCAACAUCACAGAAGGAAUGAGGCCACUUAUCAGGGAUCUUUUGAUUAUUCAAAACAUUUCUGUUUGUAUUUUAUUUAAUUAGUUCAUGUGGAAAUAAUCAGCUUUGAUUUUCUUUCUAAAAUUGUUUUAUUUUUGGUAAAUUGGACGUGUAAAUCGCCAAAGUCAUUCCUUUUAUCUAGACUAAGUUUUUAUUUAAACUUGGAAAGCUUUACCUUACCUGUGUUUGACAGGAUGCAUUCCCAGAUACAAUCUCCUUUAGCAUGAGCUGCUGCUGUGAAAAACUUCCCUCAAACUAAAUGAUGGGAACUGCUGUUUUGCUUUGAAAGUAUGACACAGUACCGCUAACCAUGGUAAGAAUUUACCAUUGGAAUCUUUCUGCACUUAUGUAUUCAAUGUAAAUGUGGAAAAUAAUAGUGCAGACUGACCAUAGUGUCACCAAACUCUGUGACUGCCUUUGCCGUUAUCAGAAAAAUGAGACCAACUCAGUGGAUAGUUCAGUCUACCUCGUUACACAGUGGUAAAGGUGUUUUUUUUUAUACAUUAUACAAAUAAAAGUUUCAAAGCUUUAGUUUAUAGUUAGUCAUUUUCUAAUAGAAGCUAUCAGCAUAGAAUAUAAAAUCCCUUUAUUGUCCCACAAUGGGGAGAUUCUGUUAGGAUAUGCGAGUCCCUGUAUUUUAGUCUCUUUUCACAGGUCAGUAUUUUUUACAUUUGUGUAUGUUUUUUGGUGCAGUUUCCCAACAGCAUUUUUGGAAUAACAAUAUUUGAUCGUCACACGGUUUGGUGUAACCCUGUGUCUUCAACCUUUUUUUGCAAUAAAGGCAACUUUGUUGCUUCUGGCACCACCUGACAUUUAAACCGGAGGUCUUCAAUGUGGGGGGCGGUCAAAAUAUUCAUUUCAAAUUCUGUCAACUUUCAUUGGCUGAAAUCGUGUAUCCAGCCCUCAUCCCUCUAUACAAAUUGUGUUUCAGGUGCUUCCAGACAGUUUUUGUUUUUUAGCACCACCUUAUUCUUAAACAACAGCAGCUGUUUAAUGGAUGCAACCUGCUGUAGAUUAAACAUGGCUUUUGAAUUGGUAACCACGCUGUGAGGGGCAGAUGGUUAUGAAAAAUAUUAUUGGCCAUCACUGCCGAUUUUAGAUGAAAUUCAAGAGAGGCCAGGGUAGGGCCAUUACUUUUUUUUUUUUCAUAAGGACACAUUAAAAAAAUACACGGUAAAAUAAUGGUAAAGAAAAUUCUAUAGGCAAAAUAUUGAAAUUGGUCCAAGGGAAAAAAAAUCAGCUAUGGCCUCUUCUGUUAACACAUAUCACCAUAAUACAUUUAUUUAGUAUUACACUACAAAAACUGAUCUAUAAAAGGAACAUUUUCUUAAAUAAAUUGCAUUCACCCUUAAUUUGAGCAGUUAGUUAUAAUUAUUAUAUAUAUUUUUUAAUUUUAAAAUAGAUAAAUAUUAUGUACUUAAUGCAAGUUAAUGGAGGGAAUUUAUUUUCCCUUAUUUUACAAGCAAAUCAUCUUAUUCUAGUACCAAAUUGUAAAACAUUCCUGCUCAAAUCAAGGGGACAUGCACUUCAAGAACAAUGUACCUAAUUAUAUUUCAAUUCUUGUAGCUUGUUUUUUUUUUUAUCCAGCGGCCAAGACCAGUUCUACUGGGGCACUGACUCCUAUUUAGAAGCACACAUGUUGGAUUUGUAUUGUUUGUUGCUUUUUAAGCAUGUUGUGGUGCCUAAUAAGUGUCAAAUGGUGCUGUUGUAUCCAUGUGACUUUCGAAAGAUUAUAUUCUAAAUAGCUUUCCAUAUACCACCAACUGGCAUUAAAAUAACUUCGCCUCGUUCAUCAAACCGCCGCCAGGGGGAGACAUUGUGCAUUAAUUCUUCUACACUCAACCCAUUCCUUCAUACUCAGUUAUGUUUCAACUCAAAGGGAUUCCUCACAUCUUCUUGUUACUUUCUUGUAUGAGUGAGACCUUCCCUCAGAUAUGCUGUAUUUCUAUUUUACACCUGCUUUUCUAAACAUUGUGUCAUUAAGCAUUUAUUUCCCCACACCAAUAAAAACAUUUUCCAAC